AUGACAUCCAGCAGCCCGUCCCCACGGGCUGCACCACCAGAAGACGAGAAAUGGCGCCCGCCUUCCUACUCAGGCACCAAUUGCGCCGUCUAUGCAUCUCUGUAUCCGAGAAAAGACUUGCCCUUCACCAUCGAACCAAAUCCGGACAUUUCCGGCAUUGGUGUCAUUCUCGCUUUCCUCAUUACCGCCUACGCCACCCUUCUCUUCACCAUCUGCGCCUACUGGACCGGCCUCAUCCCAGACGAACUGCUCAGUCCUGUCGAUAGGCGCAUCUUCCGCGCCACAAGCCGACGUGCCGACUCGGGAUGGAGCAAGGCGUUCCGUGGGGCGCUGCGCGCUUGCAGCGAUCAGCAGAUGGUGACGGGCAUCGCUAUCCUGGCGGCCGCCUUUGCCGGCGUGCAGUCCACUACGGUCUACCACUGGCGCACUGUCAUUUACCUCGGGUGGAUGUCGUCCAACGUGCAUCUCACCACCCUCACUGUGGCGCUGGCGCCCCAUGAGAAGAAAAAUAGAAGGAGUAGAGGUAGGACGGCGGCGCGCUGCGUCCGCCUCUUCGGCAUGCUCACGCUAUUUGCGCUGCUUUUCGCCGCGCUCGUGCCCACAACGUCGCGCACCUUCGGCGACGCGCUGGUGCACUAUCCCAUGUUUGGCAUGUGGUAUAACAUGGAUUCAGAGUUUGCCUUUACCCCGGCCGACCCGGCCGCGUGCCUCUGGCUGCCUGAAUAUCGCCUCGAAGGUCCAACUACGGACGCUGUUCUCUCGCUCCUUAUGCUGAGCAGCGGCUACGUUUGGAAGGUGGGCAGUCUGCUGUUCCGUCCGCAACAGCGCGCGUUGAUGCGCUGCGAGACAGUGCGGACAGUAGUACCGCGGCAGCUGCGUCGGGUGGCAAAUUGGCGCCUGAGAAGAGGUGGCGUCGUCCGCUUCAUCACCGCCUGGCCUUAUGCAUUACUUGUUGGAGCAUACGUGCUAUUUAUAGCCGCACUCGACUUCGGCUCCUCGUUUGCCGCAUCGUUGUUGAUGCUGACUAUCAGUCUUGCCUGGGGCAGUGCCAACCUGCUCCUACCCCGACAGCUACUGGCAGAAUUCAUCGGGCCCGAUGAGAAUACUUGGGAGUUCGGUCAAGUCCUUCCCAUGCUGCUUCUUCUGCUGCCCCUCGUGUCGGUCGUGGAGGAAUUCUCGGUGGCAACACGGAAAGAUGAAGCUAAAGAAGAGACCGUGACUCCCGCUUACCCAACCCAUUUGGCAAAGACAACGGUGGAGGCCAGAGAAACGGCCACGGCACGGUCGAGGGCUGAGACAUUUGAGCUUCCUCUUCUUGCGCAUCGUCGGACACAGUCAUCUUCUGCUACUCCUUCGAUGUCCCGGGCCGGGACGGCAGCAACCAGCGGCUCCUCCGUAUCCAACUUUCGCUUCCCCGCUUACAAUGCCAAUAUUGACUCUACGUCCGACAUAACGAAAGCCAUUCCGCCAACAUCAUGUCGCGAAAUCAGGACACCAAAUUCGGAUUUGGAAAAGGACGCGGAAGAAAAAGAAAGAGCAAACGCAGACGAACAGAAAGCGCGCGUGGAUGAGCAUGGAGAUCGCCUGUACACGUCCAAGUUCUUCAAGAGCCUCAUCUGGAUCACAAUCCUGUUCAUCUUGUUGGCUGCAGCCUGGGUCUUCGUCAUGGAGUUCAUGAACUUCCUCGGCAGCGGGGGCUCCCCGGAUCGCGUCACUAUGAAUGCCAGCCUUGCUGCAACCGUAGCGAUUGCGCUGAUACUUAUAUGGGUCGCCAUCGGCUCGUUGUGUAGCAAUGUGGAUAAACUUCUUUGA